UCUCAAUAAAAUUUCCUAUCCAGCCAUUGAUGAAGAAGUUGUGUAACUCUAAAUAUACAAAUUAUACAAUUAAUAAUUGUUAAUACCUUAAUUUUGAUAUGUCUUUGCUAACUUAUAAAUAUUACGAUACGCCAGAGGGCCAGGAUAUAUUCAAAAAAACCUUCGUCACGACAAAAUAUGCAAUCCUGUCAAGUUUACCUGUAGCUACUUUUGAUGUGCUCCUCUAUUCCCACCCCAAGGGAAUCUUCCAAACUGUUAUGCGGUAUGGAUCUUAUCUUGGUCCAGCAAUUAGCAUGGCAACAGCUUUUACUUUAACUACCAAUAUUGCUCAGAAUGUAAGAGGUAAAAAUGAUGAGUUCAACUACUUCUUGGGUGGAGCAGCUGCUGGAGCAGUAUUUGCCUCUCUGCGUAGACAGCCAGUUAUUGCUCUACCGGCAGCUAUUAUACUAGGAGCCUGCGGUGUAGUGAAGAAAACUGGUAUAGACAAUGACUUCUCCUUCUUCCCUAAGAUGCAUUCAGGAAAAGAAAGUAUAAACUCAGUAAGGAGAGAUUGGACCCUUGUUAAAGACAUAGAUGGAUUAAAGAAUUGGGAAAAAGGCUCCAAUUAAAUACCACAAUGUUAAUGGAAGUAGUGUACAGUAAAAUACUAUUUAAGUUAUAAUAAAUGAUCAUAUUUAGCUCUUCUUUAUUGUAUGAUUACUUCAGUUGUUGCAAAAUAAAAGAGAUUUUUUGUU